GAGAGUUGCUGACAACCUCCUGAAGUCCGUUGCCAAGGACAUUGGUUGCGGCGAAGAGCCAGCAACAACUGCAAGAGCACAAACCAUAGCUGAAGGCCACGCCAUACGUCACGCCUUCUGACCUACUGUUACAUGUCCAAAAUGACAAGGGCGAAAGGCUCGUCUGGGUCAUGGUUAGGACUUCUGAUUAUUCUUGCCAUGUGCGGGCUACUCACUUCCUCUGUGGGCGCUUCAUAUGUCAAGCGCUGCGGCCAUCAGCUAUGCAUUGACGGCAAGCCAUUUUACUUCAUGGGAGCAAACGCUUACUGGUUGAUCGACUUUGUCCAGCGGGACAAGGGUACUGUGGACAAGUUCUUUGACUACUGCAACCAAUUCGGACUGAAGGUCAUCCGUCUUUGGGCCUUCAACCACCGCAUGCCUUACGCAUGGGGCAAGUACGAUGAGACCCAGUUCCAAGGGCUUGACUACAUUGUUGAUUCGGCCGGCAGGCACAACGUCAAGCUUAUCCUGGCGUUGGGAAACACCUGGGCUGCCUACCGCUCGCCGCAAGACUUCAUGAGCAUGGCUGGCAUCAACCCAGCUGGCAAGGACCUGCUGGACUUCUACCGCUCUUCUAAUGUGCGCCAUUUCUACCGUGACCACAUUUCCGCUAUCGUGUGGCGCACCAACACCUUCAAUGGCCGCCGCUACCGUGACGACGACGCCAUCAUGAUGUUCGACGCCAUGAACGAGCCCAGGUGCCCCGGCUGUGUGGACACCGCCUCGCAGGGCGUUGUACACUCUUUUCUGCAGGAGAUGUCCGCGCACCUGCGCGCCAACGCACCCAACCAGCUGGUCGCUCUGGGCACGGAGGGCUACUUCCUCAACUCGUACGAAAGCUCUAAUCCCGGCGCUGGUGCCCGCUGCGAGGGCGAGGACUGGGCGGCGUUGGGCAAGAUGGACACCAUCGACGUCACCGUGGUUCACGCUUAUGAGCGCCAGCUCGAGUCCGUCCCUCCCAAGUGGACCAAGUGCGACUUCAACUGCUUCUGCAACUACCUGGUCCAGUACCUCGGCACCCAUCAACGCCUGUCCUCCGACUUCGGCAAGCCACUUAUCCUGGAGGAGUUUGGCCUAAUUCUGCCUGAGUACACCAUUGAGCAGCGGGUGCUCCUCUUCCGUCUGGUAGCGGACAACAUGCAGUGGAUGAAGCAGACCGGCGGCCCCAUGGUUGGCGCUAUGUUCUGGAACGCCGCUAUCGGCAACGUGUGGGACGAUGGGUACAAUGUGUAUCUGGACGGUCCCGUGGCCAAGCCCAAACCGACACCGACGCCCACCUCUGCGCCGGUCACCACAAAGCCAAGCAGCGGCAGCGGCAGCACCCCCACGCCAACCUCGGCACCUGCCACCACGUCCGAGCCAGCACGCGCCCCAAUUGUCGCCAACACCGAGACGCUGACGGACUUCCUGCGCGGCCCGCAGCGUGCCGCAUGUGCCGAGGCCGCUGCCAGAUGGUGGCUGCCCUCGUGGACAGCGGCCUGGGCGCAGACGGUUGACAUGACCGCCAUGACCACACGCUGCAAGGACAUGACGGUGCUGCGAGUGCUGCUGGAUACCAAGCAGUAUAUCUAUUCAUAAGUAGAUGUUCCUUCCCCUUUCAGCUCUCGUCACUUGUUUGCGCCUGUGAGGGACACCCACAUACUUGGAUGCAUGGCAUGUAUUCUGCAGAGCUGCUAUAUCUAUUCAUUGCUGUAGUAUUCUUAGUCUUGCAUGUACACGGUUAGAGCAGGGUUGACCUAGAACUGCUUGGCGCGUCAUUGCAUGUCCAAUAAUUUUAACUCCGUUUCUAGCCAGGGGAAGCGACGCGGCCCACGUCAUUAAGCAUUCAAACAUUCUCUAAAGGGCCCUGGACUUUCCCACAGAACAACUGUUUGUGGCCAGGUGCCCCGUGAUUAUACAUUUUGCCGCUUCUUGAUGUCAGCAGUGAUCUUGCCAACCACCGUGAUUGUACGACGUACCGGUAUGUCCUAACCUGCAUGGUGUAUUUUUCAUUCUUUAUUGGAUCUUAAGUCGAUCUGCGAUCAUAUACCGGUCAUUGUAGCCGUGAUUACCUGCAC